AUGACUCCUCCAUCUACUGUUACCAUAGACAUAAGCCAGAAGCCUCCUGAGGGCCAAGAGGAAACCAUAUAUCCUCCUGAGGAAUCUUCUGACAAAGUUAAGCUGGGAAAGGAAGAGCUUCCUCUUGGCUCGGGCUUCUGGAAAUUCACUCACAAGCCACCCAGUGAAGACUCUUUCACCGUAGCACAGGUUGUGUUUGGAAGUAAUACAGUUUCAGACAUAGGAGUUAAUCCUAGUGAUAAUAUCCAACACCUAUCAGUAUGGUACUGGAAGGGAGACCAGGGAAUGACGAACCCUCUUCUCGCAGAAGUACUCAAAGAUGGUAACUAUGCUUACAACUAUAACAAGGGAGGUGGUACUAGCUGGAGUCCAUUUGAUGGAAACUCUCGAACUAUUCAACUCACAGGUGAGUAUCUUGAGGCCAAACUUGAUCACCUUAAUUGUUCACUCAACCGAGCGGUUACAAUUACUCUUACCUUUCAGAAUUCUAGCAGUAUUUCUGACAAUCUUACUAAUCAUGGUGGAAAUAAUACAUACUGUUGCCGUUGUGAAUACCAUAGUGAUAAUGAUGGUCAUCGGAAGAUUUCUGUUACUCUUGAGACAGUUUCUUGCGCGCAUAAAAGUGCCGAUUGCUACAAACAUACCAUCAAUUCUGGUGGAUUCAGGCUAGCAAAGAUUAAGUACCAUAUUACCCGUGGUGAUGGACAAUGGAGGCGUAUAAAACAUUCUGAGCUAGCCUUUCCCAUAGAAGGUCAAGUAGAGAUUUACACCUUUUACUCUAGUCAGAAUCCAGUACUUAUUUAUGUUGAUGGAGGCUCAACUACAGGGUGGUAUAAGAAGCCUACUAAUGGUAAUACUAAUGAUGAACAGUGGGAAAAAGUCCAGGAUGGACUCAAAGACAUAGCACCGGAGGAGAUUCAGAACAACUGCGACAACUGGAAUAAACUUGUGGGUCUACUAAAGGAAGCUGGAUGUGGAGGCUUGAAAGAAUGUGAAGAACGUGCUAAACAGCAAGAAUCUACUAAAGCUACUACUGAAGCACCGAAGGGUGAUCUUCAACAAUCUGUCUCAUCUAUCCAAGCUACUCAUACUACUCAAGAAGAAGCUGGUAGUGGAGAAGAUGACCUAGGAGGACCUGCUGUCGGUAAUAAAACUGAUACUGGUAAUACUGAGAAGGCACUCAUAGUAGGAGUUACUACUAGAGACUCUACUGAUUCUCCUUCUGAAACUACUACUGCUUCUGAUUCUGAACAACCUACUUCUAGAACUCCUUCUACUCCUGCUGCUAUUACUGGUGCUGAAAUUCCUAUUGCUGGUCUACUAUCAUGGUCAACACUUGGAGCAUCUUCUGGUACUCUUGCAGGAAGUGCUGCAACAUUUUUUGGAGGAUGGAAACUUUAUAAUCGCUCCAGAGGAGACCCUUGGGUUAGACAGAUUUGA